GGCGCGCGUGCGCGAGCGGCUGGGGCGGGCGCUGAAGCGGCGGCGGCGGCAGCGCCGGGCGGAGGUGGCGGGGAUGGAGCCGGGAUACGGCGGAUAUGGCACCUGGAGCACUGGGGCCACUGGCACCCAGGGUUCCUACGCCACGAACGCGACCAGCUGGCAAGGCUACGAGGGCUAUGAGUUCUACACCCCUCCCAGCUCUGCCCCCACACCCCCUGGAGCCUCCUAUGGCUACGGGGGAGGGGCGGCUCCCGGGGGCUCCUGGGAGCCUCCCAAGGCUGCGGAGCUGGGGCUGGGAUCCAGCGAGGGAACCUCGGCAUCUGGAGCUGCCUUUGGAUCUGUGGGAUCAGGGUCUGGAGCUGCCUUUGGAUCUGUGGGAUCAGGAACCUUUGGAUCUGUGGGGUCAGGGUCUGGAGCUGCCUUUGGAUCAUCGGGAUCGGGAUCUGCCUUUGGAUCUGCGGGAUCCAGCUUUGGGUCAUCGGGAUCCACCUUUGGCUCAGGGUCAGGAACUGCCUUUGGAUCAUCUGCAUCUGCUUUGGGACUGGGAUCCUCGGGAUCCACCUUUGGAUCAGGAUCUGGAGCUGCCUUUGGGUCAGGAUCCACCUUUGGAUCAGGAGCAGGAUCCAGUUUUGGAGCAGGAUCCAGUUUUGGAGGAGGAUCCGGUUUUGGAGCAGGAUCAGGAUCCACUUUCGGAGCAGGAUCAGGAUCCUCGCUGGGCCUAGGAUCAGGAUCCUCGCUGGGCCUGGGCUCAGGAUCCUCGCUGGGCCUGGGCUCAGGAUCCUCGCUGGGCCUGGGCUCCUCGGGCUCAGCAGAGCUGGGCUCCAGCUCUGACUCCAUCAUUGCCAAGAUCAACCAGCGCCUGGACCUGCUGGCCAAGGAGGGCACGGCGGGGGAUGGGCGCCCGGAGCAGGACAGCUCGUUCCGGUUCGACUCCUUCUCCCCGCUGGACUCCCGCUCCCCGCGGGAUCCGUUCCGCUUCCCCCCGGAGCGGGAGCGCGAGCGGAACCCUCCGUUCGGGGCCCGCGAUCCCGCCCGGCCCCGCGGCGCCCUGGGGCUGCUGCGCGCCACUUCCGGCUCCGCCUCCGGCGCCGCUCCCGGCCGCGGCCGCUUCCGGCGGCGCCUCCCGGAUCAGUUCCCGGGCGGCUCCCGCUGGAGCGAGCUGCAGUUCCGGGGCAGCGGGGCGCGCGGGCUGCCCUCGCUCUUCUCCCAGGCGCUGGGGCCCGAAUAUCCCGACUAUCCCGAUUAUCCCGACUACCCCGACUAUCCCGACUACCCCGAGUACGAUUAUGGCGAUUACCCCGGCGAUUACCCCGGCGAUUAUCCCGACUAUCCCGACUACCCCGGCGAGCUGGGGAUGCCGGGGAUGGGCCGAGCUCCCUUCGGGAUGAGGAGGAGGGACAGGAUGGGGGCGCUGCCCUGGGCCGGCGGCCUGCACCUGGGCCGGCGCCGCGGGUUCCGCGCUCGCUCCGGGGGGCGCUGGGAGCCCGAGGGGCCGCGCAAGCGCAAACGCUCCCGCAGCGGGGACGGCAACGGGGAGAGCGAGGAGGGCAACGAGGAGGGGAGCACUGGGAACACUGGGAGCACUGGGAACGCUGGGAGCACUGGGAACACUGGGAGCAACGAGCCUGGCAACGAGCCUGGCAACGAGCCUGGCAACGAGGAUCCCAAAAACCCGCGCAGCGACAGCGACGGCAACGAGCGCGACUCGGAGCACGGAGAUGAAGGUGAAGGAGAUGAAAAAUCCUUGGAUGAGGCAGACAGAGCAUCGGAGGAUGAGGACGAGGAGGUGAAGAAGAAACGGGAGAAGCAGCGCAGGAGGGACAGGAUGAGAGACAGAGCCAUGGACAGGAUCCAGUUUGCCUGUUCUGUGUGCAAAUUCAGGAGCCUGGAGGAGGAGGAGAUCCAGAGGCACCUGCAGAGCAAAUUCCACCGGGACACGCUGCGCUACAUCGGCACCAAGCUGCCCGACAAAACCGUGCAGUUCCUGCAGGAAUACAUCGUGAACAGGAACAGGAAGAUCGAGAAGCGGCGCCAGGAGCUGACGGAGAAGGAGGGGAACAAACAGAGACCCGACCCCUUCAAGGGGAUCGGGCAGGAGCACUUUUUCAAGCGGAUCGAGGCGGCGCACUGCCUGGCGUGUGACAUGCUGAUCCCGGCGCAGGGACACCUCCUGCAGCGGCACCUGCGCUCGGCCGAGCACAACCGCAGCCGCAGGCUGGCAGCCGAGCAGUUCAAGAAGACGAGUCUGCACGUGGCCAAGAGCGUCCUGAACAACAAACACAUCGUCAAAAUGCUGGAAAAAUACCUCCAGGGUGAAGAUCCCUUCACGGACGAGCCCCCGGAGCCGGACGGGGCCGAGGAACCCCCAAAACCUCCCGAAAAUCCCCAAAAUCCCCCAAUCCCAGAUUUCCCCAAAUCCCAGGAAUUCCUGCCCAGGCCCCUCCUGAUGCCUCCCUUCCUGCAGGACGAUGAGGAGGAGCCAGAAAAUCCCCAAAUUCCUGAGAAUUCCCAAAAAAAUCCCGGAAUUCCGGGAAAUUCCCCGGAAAAAACAACAGAAAAUCCCGAAAAUUCCCAGGAAAAAACAGCAGAAAAAUCGCAGGAAUUGGGGAUUUCCCCCCAAAACCAAACUGAGGGAGGGGAGGGAAAAGAGGAGGGGGAAAAGGAGGAAAAAAUCCCUGAAAAAGAGGAAAAAAUCCUGGAAAAAGAAGAAAAAAACCCAGAAAAAGAAGAAAAAAACCCAGAAAAGGAGGAAGAGGAAAAUUUGGAAGAGCCCUGAAAAUUCCAGGAAAAGGAUGAAGCAGCCACGGAAAUUCCCAAUUUUUCCCAUCCUGGAGGAAUUCUCUGCUGGGAUUUGGGGAAAUUUCAGGAAGAAAAAUUUCCCCAAAAAUGGGAAAAACAAAAAAAAAUUUGGAAGUUUGGAAAAUUCCAAUAAAGGCAGAAAUC